CCUGCAACGAUCAUGUUCAUGGAUACGUUCUCUUCUGAAUUCGCUGGAGAUCCAUAUUAACCGGUACAACACCCGGUACAGUUCGCCGAAGGUGUUCUGAAAGUCGAUGUGUUUGCGAACCUGGCCGCGUGGAGCUUCUGGUGUACGAUCACCCCUGUUCUGUUCGUCUUCGCUCCCACGAAGCAGUUUUCUUUGGAUUCUGCGCAACUCCAUAUCAGAAACUAGCGAUUGUUUGUCUGUUUUCUUCGACGUCCCAACCCCACAUUCUUUAAGGUUUUCUUAGUUUGCGCCAUUUCUGUUUCUUCAGCCGCUCUGCUCUCUCUUGCGUUUCUCUUUUCUUCUGCGGAAGGAAUUAGAUCAGAUUUCAGAAGAUGUCUUGGAUUGUUGUCUCCCAUAGUUGAAUUCUUCGUUUUGACUCCUCUUUUCUUGACCAGAAUAGGACUUCCAUCGGUCGAUCCUCUCUCUUUAUUAGGUUAUAGAAGAAAAACCUUAAGCUUUGUUUUUUCUUAAAAAUUCCUUGUCUUUGUAUUCUGAUUCAAUCACUUCCAAAACUCCGGCUUUUGAGGUCGAAUGUAGAUCUUCUUCUCUUUUUCUUUUUUUUUCCCUGCUGGAAUUUAUUCAAAAUCCGCGAUGGUCCUGUUGAAAUGAGUGCCGCUGAAUUUUGUAAUUUGAUUACAUUUUAUGGAUCUAAAACGGCUUUGAUGUUAGGUUAUUUUAUUCUUGAUUCCACUAGUGCAGUUCAUGGUUUUAGCCUCGAAAGUGAUUCUCUGGCCUUUUAUUCUUUUCCUCGAAAGUAAUUCUUAUUCGUUUAAGCGACAUUGUUGAAGACAUAUAUCAAUUGAAGAAAUUCGCGAUUUUAUGGGUAGGACGCUUUGAAGAAUGCCCGCGGCGGGACAGGUCAUCGCGCAUGUUGGUCUUCCAAAAAUGGAGGCAAACCACGCAGCUGAGAGCGAACGGCCUUCAGGUGGUUGCAAUCCUGUUAAGAAAUCUGGACCUGCAACCAUGGAUCAUGUGCUUCUGGCAUCGCAAGAAACUAAGGAAGAGAGGGAGCUGAGGAUCCGCAGCCUGUUUAAUUUUUUUGACGUCGCCAAUGUUGGAUAUUUGGACUACACGCAGAUUGAUGCAGGUCUAUCCGCACUCCAGAUUCCUGCUGAAUACAAGUAUGCGAAGGACCUUGUAAAGGUCUGUGACUCAAAUAGAGAUGGUAAGGUUGAUUACCAGGAGUUCCGGCGAUACAUGGAUGACAAGGAGCUUGAGCUUUAUCGCAUCUUUCAAGCUAUUGACGUUGAGCACAAUGGCUGCAUUUUACCAGAAGAGCUUUGGGAUGCGCUCGUAAGGGCAGGGAUUGAAAUUGACGAGGAGGAACUUGUGCAUUUUGUAGAACAUGUGGAUAAGGACAACAAUGGAGUUAUAACUUUUGUAGAAUGGAGAGAUUUUCUUCUACUCUAUCCCCAUGAGGCCACCAUAGAGAAUAUUUAUCAUUACUGGGAAAGGGUAUGUCUUGUAGAUAUUGGGGAGCAUGCUGUUAUUCCAGAGGGCAUCAGCAAGCAUGUCCAUGCAAGCAAAUACUUGAUUGCUGGGGGAGUUGCAGGAGCCACAUCUCGUACUGCAACGGCUCCUCUUGAUCGACUGAAGGUGGUUUUACAAGUUCAGACGACUCCUUCUCGUAUUCUGCCAGCUGUAAAGGACAUUUGGAGAGAAGGUGGUUUCUUGGGAUUUUUCCGAGGGAAUGGCCUAAAUGUCAUGAAAGUUGCACCUGAAAGUGCCAUAAAAUUUUAUACUUAUGAAAAGCUGAAGAAUUUGAUUGUCGAUGCUAAAGGGGAAGAUAUAACUGAUAUAGGUACUUCUGGGCGUUUUGUUGCCGGAGGUUUGGCAGGUGCAGUAGCGCAGACUACUAUUUACCCCAUGGAUCUUGUGAAAACCCGAUUACAAACUUAUGUUUGUGAAAAGGGAAAGGUUCCAAAACUCAGGGCUCUGUCAAAGGACAUAUGGGUACAGGAGGGUCCCCGAGCCUUCUAUAGAGGCCUUAUUCCAUCUCUUCUUGGGAUUAUACCUUAUGCAGGCAUAGAUCUUGCUGCGUAUGAGGCCUUGAAGGAUAUGUCGAAAACAUAUAUUCUUCAUGAUAAUGAACCUGGUCCUCUCAUGCAACUGGGGUGUGGCACGUUUUCUGGAGCUCUUGGAGCAACAUGUGUUUACCCAUUUCAAGUUAUCAGAACAAGAUUGCAAGCUCAACGUUUGAAUACAGAUGCUGCUUAUAAGGGGCUGUCAGAUGUAUUUUGGAGGACCCUCCAUCAUGAAGGUAUUAGGGGAUUCUACAGAGGAAUUUUUCCAAAUCUGCUCAAAGUUGUGCCAUCUGCAAGCAUUACUUAUCUUGUUUAUGAGGCCAUGAAGAAGAGUCUAGAUCUUGAAUAAAGAUUUAUGUAGCUCUACCAUGAUUGACAAAGCUGACUUUAAAGUUGACAAUGCUGGUGAUUGCGUUGAUGGUGACGAUGGCAAGAAUAAGGUCACUAAUGGAGUAGUUGAUAUUAUUAUAUUUAUUAUAUGGUACAUGGUAUUUUUCCGGUCAGAAUAUGAGGUGCAUGGUUGUGUAGUCAAAAGCUUUUGCAGGGGCAUUUCAGCUAGUAACAAGAAGUAAUUUCAAAACUUGCAUCCAAGUUAUAACAAGUGAUCACCUUGUGACAGCUGAUGGAACCAGCAGCUUUUAGACUAUUUUUGCGAGGACAAAAUCAUGUUAUCCUUGACCAGCACAGGCAUUUAAUCUCAAGAUUUGUAUGCAAUAAUAAACUGUUCCUGUAUAUGAUACAAAAGGGAUAUGAUGGAUGGGGAAAAGGAAAAAUAGGUUUCAAUUAGAUUAUGAUUUUGUAUUGAUUCAGUAGCCAUAAUAUAUCUGCCGCUACAGAUUUUUUUUCUUUUUAAUUGUUUUGUAAAUCUCAUAAAUCAUGUGGCCAUCUUCUUUCAAAAUUUCUUGUUUUGAUCUUCA